AUCUAUAAAAUUAUGAAUAAAUAAAACCGAUAUACAUUACGACUAUGAGUAAACUUGGAACUAAAACCAGUACCAUGAAAUCCAGCAGCUCCUCUGUAACUUAUGGAGCGAGCCUCCGCAGGAUAAACUCCUUAAGGAAACGAGAACGAAACCUCAAACACAUAGCUAUGUCGAACAAGACUAAAGAUUUUAUUCAAAAGAUUUGUUAUAAAAAGACCGCCUCUAUAGAUAUGACUCGGUAUGGUUUUAUAAACGACAGCAAGAUGAAUCCGGUUAAUUUGAUGAUCAAGCCUCUGAGGGCGCAGUUGGAAAAGAUUUGCGGUAAUCCAUCAGGGGAUGCACCUGUGAGAAAAAAAACUACCAUUAAAAAGAAAGUGAAAAUCGACGGUGAGCAACAAGCGCAAGGCUCUUCAGACCGGUUAGCUCAUCAGACUGACAAUCCCUCGGCACUGAAACCGGCGCGGGCGCACUCUGCGAAAUCUGCUAUCAGUACUCCCGGCCCCCGUUCCUUUUAUACUCAUGUUCGUAAAAUAAAAAUAGAAGCCGAUACAACGGCCAAGCCUAGCAAGAAGAGAGUCACUCUAGUAGUGCCGCCUAAAGCAAAGAAGUGACUGAUGCUAUCAAGAAUUUUAUACAUGCCUGAAAUCUUGACAAUAAAGUUUU